CGACUCCGCUCCUCGCCCGGCUCUCCCAGCGCCCCAGAUCCCGAUCCCGGUCGCAUUUUCCCGCACUCCGUGGCAAGUCUGCGCUCCGUGCUUGGACCCAGGAGGAUGCUGCGGAACGACACGGCCGCCACGCCCCUUCUGACCGAGCUGUGGCAGGAGAGUGGCCCGCAGGGUGGCCAUGGGUCCGAGCUGCCCCGCAGGUCGCCUGGCGCUGAGGACAGCCACCUGGAGGUGCUCUACGUCCUCAUCGUGCUGGGCUUCUUCGGCUUCUUCACCCUGGGCAUCAUGCUGAGUUACAUCCGCUCCAAGAAGCUGGAGCACUCGCACGACCCCUUCAACGUGUACAUCGAGUCCGACUCCUGGCAGGAGAAGGACAAGGCGUACCUGCAGGCCCGCAUUCUGGAGAGCUGCGGGGCGUGCUACGUCAUCGAGAACCAGCUGACGGUGGAGCACCCCACCACUCGGCUUCCUGAGAUGCAGCCUUCCUCCUGAGCCUGCAGCCGCUUCCCGGGGACAAACCCUCCUUGCGCGUGCCUCUCCUCGUCUUUAUUGGUUGUCUACACCUAUUUCUCUUUGUUUGGAUUGGGGUUUUUUCAUUGUUGGUGGUGGUGGGUGUUGUGUGUGUGUGUGUG